AUGUGGUUUGCCUUUCAGCGGACAAAAGGCAAAUCUUCACUGAAGUGUCCAGUAACUGACGAACCUUCUCCAGCGACAGCGCAUACUCUGAAGUCGUCUUUGCGUGGUCCCUCGGCCAAUGAAAAAUGCUCUGCAAGUAUAGACAAAGAAGGUACUUCAUUGCCGAGUGGAAAAGUUACCUCAAGAGGAGUGAAGAGAAGAUUUGAAGACUCUAUUACAGAGAAAACAACUGCACCGAAGAAAAUAGCCCUUCACGAAAGUAGCCUGCAGAAGAAAUUGCUUGGAGCUCUUAUGUCUGAGCAGAAAAUUGAAGUGAUUUGCAAAAAUCUUGGCGAAGAUGUUUAUGCGAUUGCUAGAAUGGACUCUAAUGAGUUCGCAUCUACCAUGGUUAAGUGCUCUUUAAAUCUGCCGUCAGGGGACAUGUGGACAAUUGUCCAGGCGCAUUAUCGUUCGUCUGAGUCAUCCGAUAUACAUAACAAGAAGGAGGAUUCAUUUGUAAAUAUUGCAAAGGAGCUAGCUGGCAGUUCUCAAGUAUGGGUGGAGUAUGUCAAGUAAGC